AUGGGCCUCCCUGGUGGCGCCGCGGGGCACGAGGAGAAGAACAGGCUGGACAAGCGCAAGGCCAUCCAGCAGUUCUUCAUCGAGACCCCGAAAAAGAACCAGGUCAUGACGUUCAGUGCCACCAACACGGCGGGGACGCGGGGAUUUUGCAAGCAGCACAUGCAGGACUUACACGAGAUCCGCGUGAACGAGGAGUCCAAAAUCACGCUGUACGGGCUGCUGCAGUUCAACGUGAAGCUCUCCGAAAAGGAGAAAAACAGGAAGCCGAACAAACUCCUCGGCGCCCUGAAGUUCAACAAGGUGGCCGUCUUCGUAAAGUCCGUGCAACGCGCCAUCGCGUUCGACGAACUGCUGGUGAAGUGCAACUUCCCGUCGCUCGCCAUGGAAUUCAUGAACUCAUACACCUGA